CGCACUCAUCACCACUAGACUUACAUAUAGGUCGGAAUGACGAUUCGUGGCGCCCUGUCGAACGAACCUUGAUGACGUUCCUCAAUGUACAUCAUGGAUACACAAAGGUUGUGACAACUCACUCUGUUACAGGGCAAACAGCAAGGCGGACAGUCAACAUUCUUGACAUGUCUCACUUUUGCUAUGCCUUGCGCUAGCAUCCUGACCGGCUCUUCGGCCUUGUACGAGGCUUGUGCCACGAGGCAUUUUCACCGCUGUUGCGGCCAGGUUACACUUGAAUAACGAGCUACUAAUAUGGGCGACAGCACGAUCCCGAUCGUCAUACAAAAGCCGAGCCGUUACUACGCACAGGCUUAUCUACAGGAGGCCCUGGGAGGAGGCCUUGGGUUUCUAGGUUCGCACAUAACAUCACGCCUUCUCGCAGACAACCAUGCGACGACGAUCAUCAGCACCAGUCGCAAUCCCAAACCCGAUGCCAGUCCCAAAGACACAAGACUCGUUCACCACGCGCUCGACAUCACCUCUCCAGGCUCCGUAGACACCCUUUUCAAGACCCUGAAGCCCACCGUGGUAGUCCACAGCGCAAGCCCACCGCCACGCUCUCAUGCGUCCCUCCUCGAAUACUUCGAGUGCCCAAAUCCCUACGCCCGCACAAAAGCGCUCGCCGACGCAUUGGUACUCGCUGCAAAUUCUCCCAGCCUAAGGACAGUGACACUGCGGAUCUUCGAGUUCGUAUACGUCGAGUCCGCAGUCAAAGCGCACGUUCUCGCUGCCCAUGCUCUCCUUACGCACGGAGCUGGUGCAGACGGCCAAGCGUACUUCGUCACCGACCGCGUGCCAAGGCCGUUCUUCGACUUCAUGCGCCUGUGCUAUGUCGCUGCUAAUUGCACGGUUUCUCGGGAGGAAGUUCGCGUUAUCCCUCUUUGGGCUGUGCAGACUAUGGCGAGUGUAGGCGAGUGGGCGUUUUGGAUUUUCACGCUGAGGAACGUGACGCCGCAGAUGAGGGAUGAUAUUAAUCAUCUGGACACGGGGUGUUUUUGGAGUAUUGAGAAGGGGAGGAGGGUGUUGGGGUAUGAGCCUGUGCUUGGGCAGGAUGAGGCGAUUAGGAUGAGUGUGGAGUGGGGGAUGGGGAGCUUGUAGUUGAGUGGGUGGUUGAGUGGUUGAAGAGUGGUAGGUAAUAGUGAAUUAUAUUCAUUUAGUUUCGCAGUUGCUCUGCGGUGAUAACUAGUACCAUCAAUUGCUGAAAGCACUCCCUCUGGAAUUUACAAAAAUCUAUAGAUGGAAUUUACAGCAUUCCCGAACUUCUCAUUCUCGUGCUCAGUUCAUAGAGCCUCCGUAAUCAAGUGGACAAUAAACUAACAAACUAAUAAUAUAAUCCCAAACAUCUCCGCACUCAAAUUACUUUCAUAGAACCAGAGUAGCUCAACUAGGG